AUGGCUGCCGCAUAUGGAGCACCGCAGCAGUCGGUCUACCCUGAGAGCUAUGUCGGUUUCGACAGCAUCACCAAGCAGAUUGAGAAGAAGCUCGUCAAGAGGGGCUUCCAGUUCAACAUCAUCUGCGUCGGACAGACUGGCCUCGGCAAGUCGACCCUCAUCAACACCAUUUUCGCCUCGCACCUCAUAGACAGCAAGGGUCGCAUGCUGCCCGACGAGCCCAUCCGCCAGACCACCGAGAUCCAGGCUGUCUCGCACACCAUCGAGGAGAAUGGCGUUCGUCUGCGCCUCAACAUCGUCGACACCCCCGGCUAUGGUGACCUGAUCAACAACGAGCGCUGCUGGGACCCCAUUGUCAAGUAUAUCAAGGAUCAGCACAGUGCCUAUCUGCGCAAGGAACUCACUGCUCAGCGUGAGCGCUAUCUCCAGGACACGCGCAUCCACUGCUGCCUGUUCUUCAUCAACCCCUCCGGCCACGGCCUCAAGCCCAUCGACAUUGUCGUCCUCAAGAAGCUGAGCGAGUUCGUCAACGUUGUUCCCGUCAUCGCCAAGAGCGACAGCUUGACGCUUGAGGAGCGUGCCGCUUUCAAGGAGAGGAUAAAGGAGGAGUUCGCCUUCCACAACCUGCGCAUGUACCCCUAUGACAACGAGGAGCACGACCAGGAGGAAGUUGCACUCAACACCUCUAUCAAGAGCAUCAUUCCCUUCGCUGUCGUGGGCUCCGAGAAAAACAUCGUUGUGGAAGGCAAGCAAGUUCGGGGUCGCCAAAAUCGUUGGGGCUUCAUCAAUGUUGAGGAUGAGAAUCACUGCGAAUUCGUAUACCUCCGCAACUUCCUUACCCGUACCCACUUGCAGGACCUGAUCGAGACCACAUCGCAAAUCCACUAUGAGUCCUUCCGUGCUAAGCAGCUCCUCGCGCUCAAGGAGAGCUCCGCCGUUGGUGGUGGUCACGGCUCGCGUCCCAUCUCACCUGCCGCAGACCGCGAACUCAGCAGGAACAGCCAGCGGAUGACCAUGAAUGGGUACUAG